AGAUUUAAUCUAUGACUCCUCCAAAUGGCGUUUUACUGUCAACUGUCACUGCUGUAAUUGCUAUAGGUCAAAUGUCAUUAUUCAUUUGAAAUCUAUUUUUUUUGUCUCUAUUUAAUUCUUAUCCUAAAAUUCGAAUUUAAAAUACAAACAAUAAUGGCUGUCAACAGUGCCACAUCUUUCAUAUUAUCGUCAAUUCUAGCACUUUUGAUAUUUUCCGGCAUGCAAAUGUACAAACCGCUCAUAGUUAAAUCGCCCCUUACAAUAAUAUUUGGCGGUUACUUGGGUUCAGUUAUGUUUAUGUUCUUUGUCACCGCAGUUGGUAACUUAGAGGCCACUUUGUUUGGCAAGAACUUCCAACUGAAGUUGCCAGAGAUUAUAUUGUCUAUGGCUGUAGCCUUGGUUGCUUCUGGCAUGGUACACAGAAUAUGCUUCACUACAUGUUUGAUAUUUUCAAUAAUCACCAUUUACUAUAUGAACAAGUUGUCACAAAAGACUUAUGCUGCAAAUGCACCUGCUCCAGUUCCAGUCAAAAGCCGACGUCACAAAUAAAUUUUAUAAAAUUUCAUAUAUUCCACAAUAAAUUUUUAUAUUUUA